ACGGCGGCGCGGAGGAGGCGACGACGGCGGCGGCGGCGCCCACUCCCCCUCGUCCACGCGCCCAGCCGCUCGCCUCCCGCUGCUGGGCGCCGGCGCGCUCGGCUUUUUCCGUCGCUGCCGCUGCCGCGCGCUGCCCCGUGCGCCUCGGCACCUUCGGCAAUUUCCGUCGGGCCCUGGCCGCCAUUUUCUCGCCGCUUGUGUGGCUCGCUGGCUGCGUGGCUCGGUUCUUGUGAGGGAAGCUUUGUCCGGUUCGGCAAUGGACGGAAUUGUCACUGAGGUUGCAGUUGGUGUGAAGAGAGGAUCUGACGAACUACUCUCAGGCAGUGUUCUCAGUAGUCCAAAUUCUAAUAUGAGCAGCAUGGUAGUUACAGCCAAUGGUAAUGAUAGUAAAAAAUUUAAAGGAGAAGAUAAAAUGGAUGGUGCACCUUCUCGUGUACUUCAUAUUCGAAAAUUACCUGGAGAAGUGACAGAAACUGAAGUUAUUGCUUUAGGCUUACCUUUUGGUAAGGUGACCAACAUCCUUAUGCUGAAAGGAAAAAAUCAGGCAUUUUUGGAACUAGCAACAGAGGAAGCAGCUAUUACUAUGGUUAAUUACUAUUCUGCUGUGACACCUCAUCUUCGUAACCAACCGAUUUAUAUCCAGUAUUCCAAUCACAAAGAGCUAAAGACAGAUAAUACAUUAAACCAACGUGCUCAAGCAGUUCUUCAAGCUGUGACAGCUGUCCAGACAGCAAACACUCCUCUUAGUGGCACCACAGUUAGUGAGAGUGCAGUGACUCCAGCUCAGAGUCCAGUACUUAGAAUAAUUAUUGACAAUAUGUACUACCCUGUAACACUUGAUGUUCUUCACCAAAUAUUUUCUAAAUUUGGUGCUGUAUUGAAGAUAAUCACAUUUACAAAAAAUAACCAAUUUCAAGCUUUGCUUCAGUAUGGUGAUCCAGUAAAUGCUCAACAAGCAAAAUUAGCCCUAGAUGGUCAGAAUAUUUAUAAUGCUUGCUGUACCUUAAGGAUUGAUUUUUCCAAACUUGUGAAUUUGAAUGUAAAAUACAACAAUGAUAAAAGUAGGGAUUAUACUCGACCUGAUCUUCCAUCUGGGGAUGGACAACCUGCAUUGGACCCAGCUAUUGCUGCAGCAUUUGCCAAGGAGACAUCCCUCUUAGGGCUUCCUGUUGCAGCUGUUCCAGGAGCUCUGAGUCCUUUGGCUAUUCCAAAUGCUGCUGCAGCAGCUGCUGCAGCUGCUGCUGGCCGAGUGGGUAUGCCUGGAGUCUCAGCUGGUGGCAAUACAGUCCUGUUGGUUAGCAAUUUAAAUGAAGAGAUGGUUACGCCCCAAAGUCUGUUUACCCUCUUCGGUGUUUAUGGAGAUGUGCAGCGUGUGAAGAUUUUGUACAAUAAGAAAGACAGUGCUCUAAUACAGAUGGCUGAUGGAAACCAAUCACAACUUGAUGAACAACAUGAUAUACUAGACCAACUUUGGCCUUUGGAAUCAGAAAAGUUGGAAUUUCAAACAGUAAGUUUAAACUUUAGUGUUCUUGGCAAUGAUCUUAGCUCAGACAAGGCAUGAAACUAUCCAUCUGGUUCUCCAUUUUUAUAAUGGUACCUAUUUUAAAUGAAAGAUAUGUAAGAGUGGUGGUAUUUCAUAUACAUUGUAAGUAACCAUUUGACAGAACGUCAUAGUCAACAGAACAUUCUUAAAUAUGUCAUUUUUUUCUUGUCACCAUUUUAAGAAGUAAAUUUUCAUCUUAAAAACAGUAUGCUAAUAUCCAGAGAUUAAGUUCUGACAAAAUAGUAGUUUCUUUAGAGUAAAAAUAAUUGUCUGCUUUCUUCAAAUUAUGUUUUUACCAACUGCUUAUAAAAUAUCUCUAUUUUUAAUUAAAUGUAUAGCUGCCAGUCUCAAAAGUUAAACUUACUUAGUUCUUGUUCAUAACCUUUACCUACUAAAAGAUAUCUAUCAAAGUGUUCUAAAAAUGAAUAGAAAUCAUAUUACUCUAGUGUUAUGGUAUUUGAGAAGUUUUUAAGUGUGUGUAUGUAUUCACUUUUAAGUAUGUGUAUAUAUUACUGUCAUGAGUAAUUAGUAGUAAGUCACACUUUGAGGCAUUGUUGGUCUCACAAAAAAGAGAUCUUAAGAGCUCUUUCCCCUCAAAACAAAGAAGGGAAGGAGAUGAAAACAGCAAAUGAAAUUAUGAUAGAAUCAAGACCUGAUGCAUCAAUAAUAAUGACAAAUGUAAAGGAAUACAUCAAUUAAAAUAUUGUCAGAUUUGAUUUUUGAAAAGUUCUCUAUAUGCUCUUUGCAACAGACGUAUGAAACUCAAGGAUGUGGAAAGAUUGAAAGCAAAGGGAUGUAAAGAGAUGUAUUGGGCAGGUAGUAAGUCAAAGAAAACUCACAUGACUUUGUUAAUUUAAGACGAAAGGUAUUGAUAAAAGAUUUAGUUCACCAGGAAGAUACAAUAGUUUUAUGUAUAUGUAUGUCUAGUGAAAUAACUUCAAAAAGUAUAAAUCAUACAUGAAUAAAGCUGCAGGUAGAAUUGAGCAAAUCCAUUAUAGUGGUGGCUUUCAAGCCACCUCUCUGAAUUAAUGUCCAACAGACCAAAAAAAAAUGAAAGAUAUAAAAUAAUACAACACAAUUCUCUAUUAAUACAUCCAACAGUUAUGCUUCUAGUACAUUUUUUAAAGCAUAUAUGGAACAUUUUAAAAAAUUGAUCAUAUACUAAGCCAUAAAGCAAGCGUCAGUUAAUUUCAAAGAGGAAGUAUCAUACAGACCUCAUUCUCUAUUGAACAAUUAGAGUUAAUAACAGAAAAAUACAUUUAAAAUCCCCAUGUACCUGAAAAUUUAAAAAUAAGUCCCAGUGUUUCAUGGGUCGAAGAGGUUGUUUUAAUGGGAGUUUAAAAAUACUUAAAACUAGGUAAUGGAAGUACUAAAUAUAAAUUAAAUAUAUGUGGUACAGUAAAAGAGAAGAGGUCUUUUGAAAGAAUGUUUUAACUUUAGAGAAACAGCAUAAACUCAAGGGAAGGAGAUAUUAAAGACUAGAAAUUAGUGGUAUAAAAGACAAACAGUUGAGAGCAAAAACAAAGCCAAAACUUUAGUUCUUUGAAAAAGGCAAGUAAUAAAAUAGAUAAGUAUCUGUAAAGAUUUAAGAAAUGAGAGUAUGGUACAAAUAAUAUUUUGAAUUAUAAAGGGGAGAACCCUUGAUAUAGCUCCAGUUCCACUUUAUAUAAAUUUCUGUAUCUGCCAACUUCUUGCUGUCUUUUUAAUUUUCAUAAUUCAUUAAUAUCUUCUUCAGAGGUGGAAUAUGGUAAAGCUAAAAAAUUAUGUUCAACCAAAAAUGCUAUUUCCACUGUGCAACACUGACUUUUUCCUCCUUUAUUAUUGUUUUGUCCAUUUAUGCCAUAUUUAUUGGAAUAGAUUUCUCAAGUAUAAGAUUCUCAUUGUUUUAAAAAGCGAUUCAUUUAAAAUUAGUGAUUAAGAUAUUUCUGCUUUAUUUUGUUUAAUCUUUGUGUACUUCAAUUUUCG